AGCUCCAGGUAGAGGAAGGAGGAAUAUUCCAUGGCUCGUCCACUUGGCAGUGUGACGUGGAAAAAUGACGCGUGUCAAUGUUUCAGAUUGACACGUGUACACGUUCUGUGGAAUAUUUCUUGCGCGUAAGAAUCUCACACGUGUAAAGUACGGUAUUUCGGUUAUUCUUUUGAUUCGUCUUGCAAUGUUGCCGUGUUCUAGGGUUUUAGCGAUGGGGGGAGGGCGCGUCAUCGCGGUCGUCGGCGACGUGCAUGGGAGCUGGAAUUCGAGCGUGGACGAGCAAGCAUUGCGGCACAUCAAUCCGGAUCUCGUCCUCUUCACCGGAGAUUUUGGAAAUGAGGACGUGGAAUUGGUGGAGGAGGUGUCGAAGUUGGACAUGGCAAAGGCUGUGAUCUUGGGAAACCAUGACUGCUGGUACAGUGGAAGAUAUGCCUCUAAAACUUCCAGCGCAGUGCUCCAACAGCACAGACUCCUCGGGGAGAGCCAUGUCGGAUUCAAGCGUCUGGAAUUUCCUGGGCUGAAAAUCUCAGUCGUUGGCUCGCGGCCUUUUUCCAUGGGAGGUCCUCGCAAAGCGUUCUUCGGGUUUCCAUACUGCAAGGAGAUGUACGGUAUCCAUAGUCUCGAGGAAAGCGCAACAAAGAUCUCGGAGCUUGCUCUCGGUGCUCCAAAAGAGCAUGCGAUCAUUGUGCUCGGCCAUAAUGGACCCACUGGGCUGGGAUCAAGUCCCGACGAUAUCUGCGGACGAGAUUUCGACCCCGGCGCUGGCGACCAUGGCGAUCCCGAUCUGGAAGAAGCACUCAAGUCGUGCGAAGGCAAAUGCGAGAUACCACUGGUGGUGUUCGGCCACAUGCACAAGGAGUUGCUGUGCGGAGGCGAGCGAAAAAUGACCGCGGUUGGAAGCAAUGGAACCGUGUACGUGAACGGCGCAGUGGUACCGCGGGAGCGAAGCAAGAGCUCCGAGAGGGCGUUCACGGUGGUGACACUGGCCGACGACAACAGGGUGGACAAGGUCACCGAGACGUGGGUGAGAAUCAAGGGUAAGCAAGUCGACACUGUGGCUGAGAGCGUAUUGUUCCCACUGGAUGAAUAAGCAAGCUUUAGUAAUAAGCGUAAGAAAAAAUUACCCAAAGGAACAAAACUUCGUGGAUUUAUCACGAA